AUGGCUUCGUCAAAACAAUCGACGUCCACAGCUAUCUCUCAGAUGAAGAGUUUGUUUCGGCAAUUCUUGCGUAUCACCACCUCAGAUGGACGAAUCUUCUUGGGCACUUUUACCGGAACCGACAAACAUCUAAACAUACUACUUGCCAAUGCCGAAGAGUUUCGCUUCGCUCCUCCUGAAGAGAUCAAUCCUGCAGGUAGAUUUGUAGGGCUCAUCAUGGUUCCCAAACGGUUGAUUGUGAAGGUGGAAGCACCUGAGGGUGCAGUGGCAAGUGAUGUGGGAGCUAGUGACCAGGACGAUGCCAUGUAUACAUAG